AUGUUUCACGCACCCCAUUUCAACUGGUACGGUCGCGGCUUCAAACUCCGCGCCGCCAUAACAAUCGCCUGCCAGCUCGCCUUCGUCCUCUUCGGCUACGACCAAGGCGUCUUCAGCGGCAUCGUCGGCAACGAAGACUUCCUAAACACUUUCGACCACCCUUCGCCUGGUCUCGAAGGUAUCAUCGUGUCGAUUUACAAUCUUGGUUGUUUUACCGGAUGUGUUCUCAGCUUUAUGUUCUGCGAGAAGACGGGAAGGAGGCUGGCUAUGUGGAUUGCUAUGGUUUGGAUUAUAGUCGGCGGCGCGCUCCAAGCGAUAAUCUUCGCGAUUAUCGUCAUCGUGCUUGUUUUCGGCCUCCCUGAGUCGCCCCGGUACUUGUAUGCGCAUGGCCGGCAUGAAGAGGCGCUUCAAAUUCUUUGCGAUGUAUACGACGGUACGCCUGAUGACCCAAAGAUUGAGAAGGAGAACAGAGAGGUGCUUGAGGCUCUACAAGUUGAGCGAGAGCAUGGAGAGUAUAAGUGGUCGCAACUACUCAAGAAAGAUCGUGUGCAGACUGGACGUCGUGUGUUGCUUGCCUACGGUGCGCAAUUCAUGAACCAGAUGGGCGGUAUAAACUUGGUCGUCUACUACUGUUAG